CCCAGGCCCGUCAGCAGAGACUUCUUCAUCCACACCCCUUAGGAUGAAGGCUCCGUUGUCUCAGCCUCCGUGGAGCAGGAAAGCGUUCCUGAUAAGAAGAACCCAGUGUGAGCUGCAGCAGCAUGGUGACAGCAGCAGGGCCCCUCAGCAGCAGCACAGCCUGCCCUCUGCACAGACCUCAGCUGCUGUCAGUAACACUCACUGUGGGGAGAACACAAAGAUCUCCUGUAUCAGCUCCACCAGUAGGACUAUGAGCUCCACAGUGGCUCCAUACAUCAGGACGUUGUUGGGCAGAAACGAGGUCCCCGACGCUGCAGAGCAUGGAUUCAGCCUCCUGGCCCACCACGAUAUAAGUCAGGCUCCUGGUAUGGUGCCCAGUGAGCACCGCAAGAAGGGCUACGUAUGCAGAGCCUGUGGGAAGUCGUUCACCGGCCUAUCCAAUCUGGAGGCCCACGAGAGAGUCCACACAGGGGAGAAACCGUACCGCUGCGACACCUGCGGGAAACUCUUCUCCGAGGCCGGGAACCUGAAGAAGCACCAGAGAGUUCACACUGGGGAGAAACCCUUCAGCUGCCAGCAGUGUGGGAAGAGGUUCGCCUGGAUCUGCAACCUGAGGACACACCAGCAGUCUACCACAGGCUGCGGGCCUGGGAUGAUCCCUGAGUAAUGCUAGUGUUAUUUUAUUCACACCUACAUAGCCGCAGGAAGUCAUUUUACUUAUAGGGUGCGGCGAAUUGUCAACGGUGGGGGGUGCUCGUGAAUUGUCAACAGCGAAACUGCAUUUACGGCUUAGUUGAGGCCCCCUCCGCGAGGUGAGGCCCCACGCAGUCUGCGUGAUCUGCGUGUAAGGAGGGACGGGCCUCGCUGCAGGGACACGGUGGACCUCUGUCGCCUGUCGGCGCAACUUCAAUGAUGCCGUUUAAAAACACGUUAAGUCGGUGCCGGCCGUGAGCGAACCGAGCCGGCCGCAAACGGCCCUUGUCGACUGGUCAAUCUGAUUCUCCAGAUUCUAGGGGGUGCUCCAGCACCCCUACUUCCCUAUGCACACAUGCAAAGACAUAUUGCUAUUUCUUCAUUUUUUAAGAAGUGAUGUUGCAACAAAACAAAGAGUUUUAUGUCUUAAAUACUUUUCAGAUGUUUUGUGUCUUUGCUUACGAUAAAAUAAUUGUUUCACUAUUCGCCCUGCAUUCAGGUAAAGUGUGGACUGAUUUGAAAGACAUCAAUGCAAUAACACAUAGAAAUGUGCCAAUUUAUACAACAUCAAAUACAUUAUAUCGUGUUCAUUUAUUUAUGAAAUAAUCUGUGGCUGCCUGGAUGUUGGUGAAAGAAAAUGUAAAUAUCCAGCUGACUAUGAUAUACCAUAUAUUACCAGAUAUUAUUUAUACGUUACUUGUGUUAAAUGGGUUCAAAAGUUGUGUGCUCGUGUUUUAUCUUGUUCUCAGAAAUUCCCAGGUUUAAUGACACCACCAUUUAAUAUCCCCAGUGGAAACAGACAACAUAUCAUCCUACUGUGCGUAGAAUUAAAUGACACAUGUACACAUGGUAAAUGGUAACUGCUCAGCACAGUUGUAAACAGUAGAUAAACAUACGUGUUCACAGUAAAUCUGACAGUGUUGUAGUGACGCGUCCAAGGUGCUACAUUAAGACGACUUUUUUUGAAUUUUUUUUGUAAGUGUACUUUACCAUGAGCCUUAGUCCAUACUAGGGCUGCACGAUUUGGGGAAAUAAUCGAAU